AUGGCCAACCAUAGGCGGGCAAUACGUGUGGCACUUGAUACAGGGGAGUCUGACCAACCUGUAGCCAGACACUGUGCACAAAAACAACAUCAGGCAUACAAAGGAUUACCAUUCUUAAGAAAAAAUGUAACGCAAGACACAGAAUUUAUUCUCCUGGGCUUCUCUGCUGAUCCUCAGCCAUUGCUUUUUGUGACUUUUUUACUUAUUUAUAUUCUAACUCUGAUAGGGAAUGUGAUGAUAAUUCUGGCAGUAACCUUUGACAUACAGUUGCACUCUCCCAUGUAUAUCUUCCUAAGAAGCCUUUCUUUGACUGAGAUCUUCUAUAUUUCAACAACGGUUCCUCGGAUGCUUAGAGACUUUUUGCACAAAGAUAAAAGUAUUUCUUUGAUAGGAUGUGCUGCUCAGUUAUAUUUUUUUAUUUUUCUUGGCGCCACAGAGUGUUUUCUUCUUGCAGUAAUGGCAUAUGACCGUUAUGCAGCAAUUUGUCACCCACUUCAUUAUGUAGCAAUAAUAAACAAAAGAAAAUGUCUAAAUUUAAUAUUGUUCUCCUGGCUGUUUGCAAUGUUUCUUCCUCUUGGUAACAUGAGUUUUGUUUUUAGUUUACCAUUUUGUGGCGCUAACAUCAUCGAUCAUUAUUUUUGUGAUAUGUUCCCAGUUCUAAAAUUGGCUUGUGCAGAAACUUUUGGAAGUGAGUUAUAUAUUUUGAUACACACUGCUAUAGUCAUACCGCUACCAUUCAUACUUAUAAUUAUAUCUUAUGUCAAAAUCCUUACUGCUAUAUUUAAAAUCAAUACAGCAGCAGGACGCAGGAAAGCAUUCUCUACAUGUGGUGCUCACCUGACAUCUGUGAGCUUGUUUUUUGGAUCUGCCACCAUCACUUACCUGAGAACCAAAUCCAUUGAUAGUAAUGGCGGAGCCAAAACAAUGUCUCUUUUGUACAUUGUUUUUGUUCCAAUGCUCAACCCCUUGUUAUAUAGUUUAAGGAGCAAAGAGGUUAAAAGGGCAAUGAAAAAGCUAAUAAGAGGACCAAAUAUGGGCAUUUUGAAAUCAUGA